AUGCCAAGUGGGGAGGAGCUGCAGCGGGAGCAGCAGCAGCAGCAGCUGCUGCUGAGCAUUUUCUUGCGGGGACUCUCGGUGCAGCGGGACAGCAGCAGCAGCAGCAGCAGCAGCAGCAGCAGCGCCAAGAGGCCUUGCUUGCCUGCAGCAGCAGCAGCAACUGUUGCUGCUGUCUCAAAGGCCGGCCUCACGAGUCUCUUCCUGCUGCUGGAGCAGCAGCUGCAGCGGCUGCUGCAGCAGCGGCGCGCCGCAGCAGCAGCCAAAAGGAAGCAGGCGGCAGCAGCAGCAGCAGCAGCAGCAGCAGCAGCAGAGGCAGCAGAAGAGCCAGGUGCAGAUUCUGACGAAGACAGUGGAGACGGCACAGCAGCAGCAGCAGCAGCAGAAGCAUCAGCAGCAGCAGCAGCAGAAGCAGCAGCAGCAGCAGCAGAAGAGACAGAAGCUUCAGAUAUUCGCUUCGAGCAGGAGCUCGAGUCUUUCUUCGCCGAAUGUGUCUCCUUAGAAACCCUUCCUUGGCUGCAGCCCCUGAGGCCUUUGCUGCUGCAGCAGGAAGCAGCAGCAGUGGUUCGCGUGGCCGCCUCCCUGGACCAAGGGCCCCCCACGUCUCUGUUUUGCUGCUUGCUGCUGCUGGAGCUGGGGGGGCAGCUAAAAGAGCAGCUUGUGCUGUUCUCUGGCUGCUGCUGCACUUUGCAGCAGCGGGAGGGCAUAGCAGCAGCAGCAGCAGCAUUGGAAGCAGCAGCUGAGCUGCUGCCGCGGCCGUGGCUGCAGCAGCAGCAGCAGCUGCUGCAGCUCUUUGCUGCUGAGCCUUACCUCGUGCGAAAGGCCCUUCUAGAAAGCCUCAAGUUGCUGCUGAUAAAAGCCCACAGAGCAGCAGAAGAGGCAGCAGACACACGAGCAGCAGCAGCAGCAGCAGCAGCAGCGCAGCGGCGCAGCAGCAGCAACGGGAACGCGGAGGGCUGGGACGGCUCCGAAAAGGGAGACAGCAGCGACGAGGGAGACUCCACUCCUGCUGCUGCUGCUGCAGCAGCGCAGCAGCAGCAGCAGCAAGGAGGCAAGGACCCGCAGCAGCAGCAGGCGCAGGAAGCCCGCUUCUGGGGGCAGCAGCAGCAGCAGCUGCUGCAGCUGCUGCUGCUGCGGCUCGAAGACAAGCUGCCGCUUGCUCGCAGCUGGUGCUUAAAGGUGCUGGGGGAGCUGCUGGAAAAGGGGAUUUUAUCUGCUGCUGCUGUUGCUGCUGUUGCUGCAGCAGCAGCAGAAAGGGUCCGGGACAGAAGCUCGCUGGUGCGCGCUGCGGCGCUGCAGGUGAUAACAGCAGCACUGCAGCAGGCUGUGCAGCAGCUGCAGCAGCAGCAGCAGCAGCAGGAGCAGCAGGAGCUGCUGCUGCAGCAGCCCUUCGUGCUGCUGCUCGCAGACGAACACGGCGAGUUCAGGGCGAGGUAUCAGCAGCAGCAGCUGCGCAAGCAGCAGCGACUGCUGCAGCUGCAGCAGCAGCAGCAGCAGCAGCAGGAGCGGCAGCAGCAAACAGCAGCUGGGGGCGAAGCUGCAGCGGAAGCAGCGGCAGACACACCCACUGCUGCUGCUGCUGCUGCUGCUGCUGAGAGCUCUGAGGGCAAAGAGGGACGCAAUGGAGAUGGGAAAGCAGCAGCAGCAGCAGCAGCAGCGCCAGAUUCUGCUGCUGCUGCUGCUGCUGCUGAGGAGGAGGACCCUUUGCUGCAGCUGGUGGUAAAGGCCGAGGACGCGUUUGACACGGCGCUCUCUCUAGCUGUGGAAAUGCUUUGCUGCCCCUCGGACAGCGACCAGAAGGCGGCGCUGCGGUUUAUAGUGGACAGCAGCAGUUUGCUGCUGCUGCAGCAGCAGAAGCUGCUGCUGCCGCUGCGUGCUGCGCUGCGUCUGUCUUACUCUUGUGUGUCUUCUGUGGCGGAGUUUGCUGCUGCUCACCUCACGCGGCUGCUGCUGCACCCCAAGACGCUGCUGCUGCAGCAGCAGCUGCUGCAGCAGCAGAAGCAGCUCGCGGCCCUCCUCGUCAAGCGGAAGCUGCUGCAGCAGCAGCAGCCGCUGCAGCAGCAGCCCAAAAGGAGGAAACAGCAGCAGCAGCAGCAGGAGCCCGGCGAAGACGAGGAGCAGCAGCAGCAGCAGAUGCAGCUGCUGACGCAGCUUCUGCAGGCAGCAGCAAACGGCUCCUGCUACCGCUUUGCUGCUGCGCGGCUGCUGCUGCUGGUUUUUGCUGCUCAAAUUAAAGAUAUUGUGUCUCUCGAGAGACUCUUUUUGCUGCUGCUGCAGAGCAGCAACCAGUUCUUCUUCCCCCACCUCAAAAAGCUCAUUCACGCCCUCUUCGUCCUCGCGCUGCAGCCAAAUUUCUCUCUGGGGCGUGACGCUGUGCCUCGCUGUGCUGUGGGCUGCAUCCGUUUGCUGCUGCUGGCGUCUCGGCGGGUCUUUGAGGUGCAGCAGCAGCAGCGGCCGCUGCAGCAGCAGCAGCAGCAGCUGCUGCUGCACCGCCUGACGGACACUCAGCUGCGGGCGCUCGAGGGCGCGCUGCGGCACCAGUCCGCCGCCGCGGCGGCAGCAGCAGCAGCCCGCAGCAGCAGCAGCAGCAGCAGCAGCAGCAGCAAGGGGCCUGGGGCCAGUUUGCUGCUGUUUGGAGAACUUUGCUCCGUCUUGCCUUUUGCUGCUUCUGAAGGAAGAGCAGCAGCAGCAUCAAUGAACGCCCUCAAGCUGCUCAUGCAGCACUUAGGGACCACCGACACCAACUGGUUUGCUGCUGCUCAAGCUGUGGUGGAUGCCACGUUUACUCACUGCCCGCAGCCAGACGUCCUGUGGGGCCGUCUCUUAGCGCAUGCGCUGCACCAGCUGUUGGCUGCUGCAGCACAGCAGCAGCAGCAGCAGCAGCAGCAGCAGCAGCAGCGCGUGGCCACCGCGGCCUUGCCGCCGCCAGCGGAGCCGCCCUCAACGCCCGCGUCCUCUCCGUCCCCGCGCUCAGCAGCAGCAGCAGCAGCACCAGCAGCAGCAGCAGCAGCAGCAGCAGCAGCAGAUGGCAGCCUGUGGGGCCCCCUGUCCCCACCCCGAGAACCCUGCCCCGUGCUGCUGCUGCCCAUUUCGGGGGCCCCUUCUGCUGUUCGGCUUUCGCAGCUGCUGUUUCUAGCAGGUCAUGUUUUGCUGCGCUGCUGUUUGCUGCUGGAGUUGCUGCAGCGGCAGCUGAAGCAGCUGCGCCACUUCAGCACUUCCCCAGCAGCAGCAGCCGGCACCCAGCAGCAGCAGCAGCAGCAGCAGCAGGGGAGGGCGGCGGCUGACGGCGCAGCAGCAGACGCAGGCGAAGACGGAGCAGAGGCCGACAGCAGCAGCAACCAGCAGCAGCAACAGCAGCAGCAGCAGCAGAUUGAAGACAACAUGGGGCUGCAGACACGGGAAGAAGAAGAACUCGAGCUGCUGCAGCAAAUAAUAGAUCAGCAGCUGACGCAGCAGGGCCUCCUGGGGGGCCCCUACAAGCGUUUGCUGCUGGUUGCUGCUUUUGCGCCGCAGCAGCUGCUGCAGCGGCUGCAGCUGCGCUGCUCUGAGGGGCCCCCUCUCCCGGGCAAGCCUGCUGCAGCAGCAGCAGCAGCAGCAGCAGCAGCAAAGCUGCUGCAGCAAACGGCGGUGCUCUCUCUCGCCAAAUAUGCUGCAGUUAGCAGGGCCUUCUGCGAAGAGCGCCUUCAGCUGCAGCUGCAGCUGCAGCCGCAGCAGCAGCAGCAGCAGCAGCAGAGCACUUUGCAUGCGCUGCUGUCUUUGCUGCUGCCGCCGCAGCAAGAGAAUAGAGCCGACGGGGCCCUCAAAGACACACUGCUAGUUGGCUUCGGGGACCUCACCUGCAGACACCCGAACCUGCUGGAGCCUUACAACGAAGGAGUGUUUUCGCUGCUGCGGGGCCCUCGGGUGUAUGGACAGCUGGCAGCAGUGCAUGUGCUGACGCACUUGACAAUGACGGGAAUGGUGAAGCCCAAGGCGCGGCUGCUGGUGAACAUGCUGCUGCUGCAGCAGCAGCAGCAGCAGCAGCAGCAGCAGCAGCAGCAGGAGAGGGCCUGGCGGGUGCGGGAAGCAGCAAAAACCUUCUUCUUCGAAGUCGACAGAAAAGACCCUCUUGCUGUGCUGCAUGCGCUGCCUGAGCUGCUGACAGCAAUAGGGGUGGCCACAGCCCCCCCUGCUGCUGCUGCUGCUGCUGCUGCUGCUGCAGCAGCAGGGGAGGCCGAAGGGGAAGGCGCUGCAGCGGCCCGAGAAGCUGCAGCAGUUGCAGCGCUGCAGCGCGAGAGAGAGAAACUCCUCAGAAGUGCUGUGGGGGCCUCAGCAGCAGCAGCGCAGCAGCUGAGGGCCCUCUGCCGCAAAGCAGCACAAAAAGCUGCCAGCAGGAGCCGCAGCAGGCAGGCGGAGCAGCAGCAGCAGCAGCAGCAGCAGCAGCAGCAAGCUGCAGCAGCAAACCCGGAGGAAAGCGCUUCUGCGCUAAAAGCCACAAUUGAAGAACUCCUCCAAAAGAUUGCAACUGCGCGCGGCGAGUCCCUGGAAGAAAGCGAAAUGGCCUUGGCGGACGAGGGGCUGGAGAAUCUGCUCGAAAUUGAGGGCCCCAGCGAAGCCCUUCAGAAAGAAAAGAAAGCAGCAGCAGCAGCAGCAACAGCAGCAGCAGCAUCGCGCUCAGACUCUGCAGCUGACACAACUCAGCAGCAGCAGCAGCAGCAGCAGCAGCAAACCAGCAGCACUUCUAAGAGGAAAAGAGACGCACGAACAAACGGCGAAGCCGUAGCGGAAAGCCGCAGCCACAAAAAUCAAAAAGUCCACAAAAAAAGAAAAUAA